AUCCGACUAUGCAGGUGGAAAAGGAACUUAUUUUACAUGAAAAAAUAAGACAGGCAAACAACGCCAUACAUGAUACACCUCUGGGCUCUGGAUCGGGAAAAAAACCCCAAAAAACUCCCCCCUCUGUAUCAAUCUCGUUCUCCAAUUUAUCUUCCGCCACACAAGCUAAAGCUAUAAAUAAUAAGCGCGUUGCUUUUGCACUGCAGAUUUCAUUCUUUUUAACUGAGUGGAGCAAGUGAAAUUAGGGUUUCGAACUGGUUCUUUAGUCUUGCAUUGUGUCCGCUCACUUUUUCUAGGCGUUUUUGAAUUGGUGCUUGUGAAAUCAUGAUCUACACGGCCAUAGAUACAUUCUAUUUGUCGGAUGAAGAAUUGAACAACUCGCCGUCUCGAAAAGACGGGAUAGAUGAGCCAACUGAAGUUAAUCUUAGAAUAUAUGGCUGUGAUCUUAUUCAGGAGUGUGGUAUUUUGUUGAAACUACCGCAAGCAGUAAUGGCGUCUGGGCAGGUUCUCUUUCAUCGUUUCUAUUGCAAGAAGUCAUUUGCUAAGUUUAAUGUGAAGAGGCUUGCUGCCAGUUGUGUUUGGGUUGCCUCAAAGCUCGAAGAAAAUCCCAGGAAAGCAAGACAUGUUAUCAAUGUUUUCCACCGAAUGGAGUGUAGAAGGGAGAACUUACCAAUAGAGCAUUUGGAUUCAUUUUCUAAGAAAUAUGCGGAACUAAAGUUGGAUUUGAUCAGAACAGAGAGGCAUCUCUUAAAAGAGAUGGGUUUUGUCUGCCAUGUUGAGCAUCCCCAUAAAUUUAUAUCAAACUACCUUGCUACUCUUGAAACACCCCCAGAAUUGAGACAAGAAGCUUGGAAUCUUGCAAAUGACAGUUUGCGAACAACUCUCUGUGUUCGAUUCAAAAGUGAGGUUGUAGCUUGCGGGGUUGUAUAUGCUGCUGCCCGGAGAUUUCAAGUACCCCUGCCUGAGAAUCCUCCAUGGUGGAAAGCUUUUGAUGCAGAUAAGUCUGGGAUAGAUGAAGUUUGUAGAGUGCUGGCUCACUUGUACAGCCUACCUAAGGCAAAGUAUAUCCCAGUGUGCAAGGAAGGAGGCUCAUUUUCUACCACAAGUAAAUCAUGGGAUCCUCAGCCAAUGUUAAAGGAAGAUACUUUGAGUGGCCCACCAACAAAGGAUGAUCCUAAAACAGCUACAACUGUUAUGAUCAGUUCUGGUGGGUCAAAGGAGUCACUUGGGAAAGCAGCUGCUGGUAAAUUGAAGGAGUCAAAGAAGAACGCGGACAUUUCCCAAACCGCACCUCUUGUAGAAGACGAGGCCAAGGAAGAACAAAUGCCACGAAAACCAAGAUCUGAACAUAAAUUGGGGGCAGAAGGGGAAAGGAUCAAGGAGAGGGAGAGAGAGAAAGACCGAGUCAAGGUUCGAGACCGGGAAAGAGGGAGGGACUCUGACAGAGAGCGGGAGCGGGAGGAUGGUGAACGUGAUAGAGAGAAAAUUAAGGACAGAACCCACCGCUCAAAGGAGAAAGGUAGAGAUUCAGGACAUUCAGGUAUGCCAAAGCAUCAUUCGUCUCGAGAUCGUGACCAUCAUAGCUCGUAUUCCUCGAGAGAGAAAGAUCGCCAUAGGCAUCAUUCUUAUGGUUAAAGGUAACCAUGCUAGAGAGCUCUGCCCCCAGAUGUCUGAAAAGCAUUACCGGUAGAUAGGCGAUAUCCAUUUUGACCAGCAAGAAACAAUGCCAUGAAUAUAUAUUUCGAGUGAGAUUAAAUUGCAAAGUUGGUUAAAAUGUCCUUUACUGAUCUAUAUGGUAAUCAUGGAAAGUCCUUGGUACAAAGUCUGAAUUCUGAAAUUAUGAUGUAUACGAUGUUCUGAAAAAGAGAUAUGAAAGUCUGAUCAUUUUCAUCAGUACUGGUUUGCUGGACUGUUCUAAUAUGUUGGAAUUAGCACAAGUAAUCAUUUAAGGGAGUUUUAAGGGUUUCUAUACUUUCCCUCAAGGGGUUUAAAUGUUGGUAAAUCUGUUCAUUUGUAGUAAAUAUCAGUGAAUUUUGUAUUGUA